UCCACUUUGCAACCGUACUCGACCAAGGAUCAAGUCAGCUUCGUGAGGUCUCUCAUUCACACUUCACAACUACCGCGUCAAGUAUUUCUCAAUCGCUAUGGCUGACCGAGGAAAGGCUUUCCCUCUCGCAGACCCGGACUUGACCAACACGAUUCUCGACCUUGCUCAGCAGGCGGGCCAGUACAAACAACUCAAAAAAGGAGCCAAUGAAGCUACCAAAACCCUCAACCGUGGUGUUGCGGAAUUUAUCAUUCUGACGGCUGACACUGAACCUCUUGAGAUAUUGUUGCAUUUACCGCUCCUGUGUGAGGAAAAGAACGUUCCUUACAUAUUCCUGCCUUCAAAGGCCGCUCUCGGGCGUGCUUGCAAUGUCCAACGCCCUGUAAUUGCUGCCAGUGUGACUACCGGUGAAUCUAGAGAGCUUCAAAGUCAAAUCCUGACGGUGAAGAUCGCGAUUGAGAAGCUUCUCGUAUAAUGUAUGACUACCUUGUAUGACUGCCUAGAGUAUGGCAAUACUAAGUAACGAGGUUUUCACCGCUGUAUUUGUAAAUCGGAUGGCUCAAAA